AUGGCAGGGAGGGACCUGCCGUCGCUUGCUUUCGCUAUUGCACGCUUCCUCCAGAGAGAGAACCGUCGCUUUCCGCGCACCCAUCGCCACCGUGCUGCAAGUCGCCGUCGCCGUCAGGGACUUGGCGCAAGGAGUGGCCCUCGCCGCCGCUUUUUCGCCUGGAACAACCGCCAGAACCGCCGCCGUGGGUACGCACGCCAAGGCAACCGCCCACUCCGUGGGCGAGCACCAACGGUGCACCAGGCUGGACCCUCGGCUCCGGCCACCGCUGCAAACCAUGCUGGGCCUUCGGCUCCGGCUCGGGCCGUCGCCGACUACUACAUCGUACCGACGACUCCGCCGCCAUCUGUCUUCACCAUCCCUCCUAUGGAUUGGCUCCUUGGAGGUCCAUCGGCGCCAUUCCUCGGAGAAGAAGAGAUGUUCCCUUGCGAACUCGCGCCGCCGCCUCUGCCCCCGUACUGUGUGCGACACGGGUUUGAAUCGUGCCCAGCGCGUACGGGCGCACCACCGCGGAAGCCGUCUCCGACACCAUCAGAUGAACUGCCGGAGCACUUCAUGCCUCCUGGAUACGGCCCCGUCCCGGAUCUCCCAUCCCCGACGCCGGCGGCAGCGGGAACCGGCGGCUACCCCUCCAUCCCCGACUUGAACAUCAAAAUCAAGGUUGAAGAAGAGGAGAUAGAGGACCAGGGCUCGUCGUCGACGCCACCACCUUCAUCACCGGCGACACCACCUCCUCCUCCGGCACCGCCUCUUCCUCCGACGCCUCCGCCGGAAGCCCGUCGGAUCCUGCGCCAGUUCGCCGCGGCCAUGGCGCAGAACCGUGCAGCCCUUCGUGGGGCGUGGUCGCCAGAUGCCCUUGGCCUCACCGGCGCCCCUGGGGCGAGCAGCAGCGGAGCAGGCCGUGCUGCGAAGCGGGGCCCACCUCGCUUCCAUUGA